AGGUUAUACUGCUGAAGAAAGCUUCUUGCCGCAAAAGGAUAUGUGCUUCCAACACCGCUUGGCCCUUUAAAAUUAAAUUGUUCACUGCUUUUUAGUGGUGUGCGAGGUGGUGGUGCAAACGUUCCUAUUGCCUCAGUCCAUGUCAAAGCGCGAUGCAUUCAAGCUAUUCUGGCCCUCACACAUCUCUUCAUGGCGAACUAAACAGCAUGGCUUUUUAGUGGGUUGGCAUACCGCUUCGACUACAUUGUGCGUAGCAUCAGUCGUGUCUGACAUUGAGCUUGACGAAUUACAACAAAUUCUAUCCGAGUUUUGUGCUUCGGGUGAAUACUCAGAAUUCACCCAUAUCAAUAGAGUCUGUAAAGAGCCACCUAGAAUCUUGGGUUCGUUGAUCAAGGAUGAAGACAACACUCAACUUGCAAAUGAGCAUCGCAGCCAUGAAAACCCGUGGGUGACAGUUCUUAUGGACGAUGCAUAUGUUCCUAUACCAGUUUCACUAUAUCAAAACGGCAACGAAUGUCCCAUAUCGACGUACGAAGUCGUAUUCUAUCAACAACCUAAUCCAAAACAUUUACAAUUCCUCGCCCUGGAUCCGCUUGAUCUGGAUAUAUCACCCAAAGAGCCGCCAAAACAUAAAGACGAAAAAGAACUUGUCACUACACAAAAUCUCAACAAGAUCCUUAAUUACAGCGCCACCAUCGUCAAAAACUCGGAUACAGUUACCAAUGACUUACUAUCGGCAUUAGUUCAGGUAAAGUGAAAAAAAAAAUAGAAAGUGUACGGCUUUGUGGUAUGUUCU